AUGAGCUGCAACUCCUCCUCUGAGCCUUUGAAAAAGACGGAGUAUUUCAGCACCCUUUGUAAGUUGACGCAUCUGAGCCCAAAGAAGCCCAUUCCUCUGCAGAGCAUCAUACAGCUGUACAGACAGGGCGUGCUCACAGGAAGCCUCAACUACUACAGAGCCAUUCUCAAAACACGAAACAUUGUGUAUGCUUCAAUACGCAAAAGCAUGUACAAAAUAAUGAAUGGACAGGACCAAGACGGACUGAAAAUAACAAUAUACGAAGAGCUAUACAAGGCGAACCUUGUCACAGACGAUGAAAUACUUGAAAUAUUCAAGGAGUUUUCAAGAGUGCAUCCAAACGAAAUAUUCACAGCCCUGGAGAACCAAAACAGUUUUUUACUGAAGCUGUGCCGGCUGAUAAAAACAGACUUUUCUGAAAGUAUUUGUGUCAUUGCAAGAACAAUGCUCGAAUCAAACAUAAACAGCUUGCUGGAGUACAUCAACAAGAGACAGCACUCGAAGACGCUUAAGUAUUUGAUCAAAGACAUAGAAGGGAUGGCGUAUCUGAAGGAGAACAUUCUAGCCAAUUUGACCAACACAGCAAACACAUUGGAGGGACUUAAGGAAAUGCUCAACAGAACAAUCUCUCUGCACAUCAGCCUGACAAAAAUUGACUUUACUCUUGUUCUUCUUGCACCGGUGAUGGAGUACAUAAAAGACACAAUCACAGAAAAGCUGGAAUGCUUCGGAACAGAAGCCGCUUCAGAGGUUUUGUUUGCCGUUAUUUCUCAGAGAUCGUCAGAGCUUGUUGAAAAUGUGGAGGAGACAGGCGCAGGAAAUGAAAAGGCAAAGCUGCAGCUGCAAGGAGAUAUUUUAGACUUUUUGCUUUCUCUGCUGUCCUACGACAGCAUGAUGCAGACGCUGGCUCUGAGCAUAUCAAGAGACUUUAUUCUGAAAAGAUCGCACAGACAAGAGCUGCUGAACAUCCUGGAAAGCAAGCUAGGGUUUUACAGGGCCUCCAGCAUAGGAAUUAUAAAGAAAGAUUUUGAGUAUUUUUCGAACAUCGAGAUUUCUGAGUCAAAAGUGUAUCAAGACGUGGUGGGAAGCACUUGCAUACCAAAGGACAUCUUUUCGAAAAAUAAGAGGCCAAACAUAAACCACUUUACUCUCUCUGAGCACUACUGGCCAGAGACCAACUACCAGGCAUGGGACGAUCUGCCUACAACAGUCUGUUCUCCGGGCAUUUAUAAAAGUAAAAAAACAAACACGAAUGUGCACAGACAGAUAACUCUAGAGUACUCGAAAAGCCACACGUAUUUAGACAUAACGGUGGAGAUGCACGGCGCAUCCAUUGACGUUUCUGUUCCCAUAAGCUACGUUGAGUAUCUGUACAAUAGAGAGAGCCUGACGGAAGAUGAAGCAGCAGUAAUUAAAGAGUUCUGGAGCCAUUUAGAAAAAAAACAAAUCCAAAAACAAAAGUGUAGCGAAGUGUAG